CGGUGACCUCGCGCUUCCUGUGGCUGCACAGGUGUGGAAAUCACAAAUGUCGUCAGAUGGCAGAAAAGCCAAGAGUAGGGACAGGUUCUAUGAUGAGGUUCCAGUGGACAUGCCAUAUCCAGACGGCACUGGAAGAUCUCUCCAGAGUCUUCACAACAGCAAGCUGGCUGUGAGCGCUGAUCCUUUGCCACCGCCCCCUCUCCCAUUACAGCCACCCUUCGGUCCAGACUUCUACUCAAGUGACACAGAGGAACCAGCCGUAGCACCAGAUCUCAAACCCAUCAGACGCUUUGUCCCUGACUCCUGGAAGAACUUCUUCAAAGGGAAGAAGAAGGACCCAGAAUGGAAUAAGUCAGUGUCUGACAUCAGAUACAUCUCUGAUGGAGUGGAGUGUUCACCUCCAGCUUCUCCCUCCAACUCCUGUAAAGAUCCUUACGGAGAGUCAGGAGGAACCUUCAGUUCCCGGAAAGAGACUGAUACGAUGCUUCCCCAUGACCCCUAUGGAUCUCUAGGGCGACACACACAAACAGCUCGAACGUACAGUGAGAAGGUGGAGGAGUAUAAUCUGAGGUAUUCCUACAUGAAGUCGUGGGCAGGCCUGCUGAGAAUUCUGGGUGUUGUGGAGUUGCUUCUGGGUACAGGUGUCUUCGCUUGUGUCACAGCUUACAUUCACAAGGACAGUGAGUGGUAUAACUUGUUUGGAUAUUCACAGCCCUUUGGUGUCGGAAGUGUUGGUAACCUGGGAAGUAUGUAUGGCGGCUAUUAUUACAGUGGCCCUAAGACCCCUUUUGUACUUGUGAUUGCUGGUUUAGCUUGGAUCGCCACCAUUAUUAUUCUGGUUCUUGGCAUGUCCAUGUAUUACCGGACCAUUCUUUUGGACUCCAACUGGUGGCCCCUAACUGAAUUUGGAAUUAAUGUUGCCUUGUUUAUUUUAUAUAUGGCUGCAGCCAUAGUCUAUGUGAAUGAUACCAACCGAGGUGGACUCUGCAACUAUCCAUUAUUUAAUACGCCAAUGAAUGCAGCGUUCUGUCGGGUAGAAGGAGGCCAGAUCGCAGCCAUGAUCUUCCUGUUUGUCACCAUGAUUGUGUAUCUCAUUAGUGCUUUAGUGUGUCUGAAGUUAUGGCGGCAUGAAGCAGCUCGGAGACAUAGGGAAUAUAUGGAACAACAGGAGAUAAAUGAGCCAUCGUUGUCAUCAAAAAGGAAAAUGUAUGAAAUGUCUACCAGCUGUGACAGACAAAGAGCCCCAGAAGUUAAUUUCAAAGAAUUGGGAGAAACAAAAAGGAAGCCUGAACUGCGAAGUGGUCACAUCCCCUCGGGCCACAUUCCUAAGCCCAUCGUGAUGCCUGACUAUGUGGCAAAAUACCCAGUGAUUCAGACGGAUGAUGAACGAGAACGCUAUAAAGCUGUAUUCCAAGACCAGUUUUCAGAGUACAAGGAGCUCUCUGCAGAAGUGCAGGCCAUCCUGAGGAAGUUUGAGGAGCUGGAUGCAGUGAUGAGCAGAUUGCCCUAUCAUUCGGAAAACCAGGAGGAACAUGAGAGAAUUUCAAGAAUCCAUGAAGAGUUUAAGAAAAAAAAGAAUAAUCCUACAUUUCUGGAAAAAAAAGAACGCUGUGAUUACCUAAAGAAAAAACUUUCUCAUAUAAAGCAAAGAAUUCAAGAAUAUGAUAAAGUAAUGAAUUGGGAUGUACAAGGUUAUUCUUAAACCUUAUUCAAAACCAC